CUGAUACAAGGCAUAGCGCGCACUACGCAACGCGACUUGAACAUCUGGUUGACUCUGACUCCCACUUCUCUCGCACCAAUUUUCCAAACUUGAGUUCGAUCGAAGAACAACAGGCAGCAGUUGUUGCUGGGCCCACCAAACACUGCUUAUCGGCCAUUGAAUUGCAGUUAAAGAGUAUAAAGCUACUCGUAAUAGCUGGUGGUUCUCCAGCUCUACCAUAUUGGGCUGGAACACAAAGAAGCAACAAUUUUAUUCUAAAGACCCAACCAUCUGUACAAGCAGCAAGAAAAGGCAACGCUGCUUUGUUGCGUCGGAAAAAACACAAGCUGUUAAUAAUACCCAGGCUGCACCGAGAACCACCACGAAAACGACGUGGCGAUUGUAUAGUGCUCUGUCUUCUCCCGUUCCUUUAUCUAUCCUUGCCUCCAACCAUCGCAAUCCCCACUACAAAUACACAUUGAACAUAUCCACCAUGUCAUUGUCAACAUCACCAACAGAAGCCGCAGGUCGUUCGAUCGUCAAUUUUGACACGGAGGACGACCUUCGUUUGGCGCUCAUGAACAUGAAUAUUGCUUCUCGCGAAGACUGCGCAGAGCAUCGCGACGCAGCAGACGACGAGCGAAUGGACGACACUGCAGCAGCAGAGGACGACGCAGAAGAAGUGUCUCUGGACGAUGAUUGGGAUUGGACGUUGACCAACUACGACGCGGAAACCACAGAACCUCAAACGAUUGCCAAGGAGGUCCAGCGUUUGAGAGUCCUCCAGUCCUAUCAGAUUGUCGGUGCCGAACGAGAAGAGGCGUUUGAUCGACUGUGUGAUCUGGGUGCUCGAGUAUUCGAUGUUCCAUUGACCUUUGUGGUUCUGAUUGAUAUUGGACGACAAUGGUUCGCGUCGCAACAUGGACUGGGCGAUUCUCGAGAUGGUCCUCGUAAUUUGGCAUUUUGUCGAUACACAAUCAUGCACAAGGAGGACAUGCUCAUUGUCAACGACUGUACAAAGGACUAUCGGUUUCGCGAUUCCGUCUAUGUCACUGGUGAGGCACACCUGCGGUUUUAUGCAGGAGUUCCGCUGCUGUCGCCGGAAGGACACAGAUUGGGAACCUACUGUAUUGUAGAUACAAAGCCAUGGCACAAUGGCAUGACAGAUGCUCAAAAGGCUAAUUUGAAGGACUUUGCUGCCAUGGCAAUGAAGGCAAUGGUCGAUAGAAGAGAAAUCAAACAAAAGGUCAAUAGAGACGCUUCGCAGCUCGUUGCCUCGGCAGCACAUGAUCUCAUCACUCCGCUCACGGGGAUGCGACAAACACUCAAAACACUACAGGCCGAUGAAGGCUUGCAGAAACAACUCGAACUACGACACAAAAAGAGUCUAGCCACCACCAUGGCCACCGCCGAUAUGAUGCAGCAGAUAUGCACUACAACACUGCAACAUUUGGAAGAAACGGAACAUUCACUAGCUACUUCCAAUACAUGUGAAAAGAAACAAGACAAAGCCAAGCCGAGCAGCGGAACGAACACUGCUCUUCUCACCAGCGGCAACGACGACGGCACUGCGUCUUCUGCUUGUGUGGACGUGAAAGAAUGCAUGCAGCGACUCCAUGGCAUUAUUGAUCCUCUGCCCAAACGAGUUCCAGUCAUCUUUUCGGUAGAGCCGGAUGUACCGCUACACAUCAUGAGCGAUGACGUCAAGAUCCUCAGAGCUUCGCUCAAUCUAUUGUCCAGCGCUUGCUCCAAGACGUUUCAUGGUCAGAUCCAAUUCCGUGUCUUUCAAAGGCUGGGGCAGCUCGUAUUUGAGUGCGAAGAUAGUCGUCCCGCUGCUACUGCAGUAGUUGCAGCAGACCACGAUUGUCUGCACAACAAGUGUGGGACUACGGCUAUGGAACAGGAAAUGUCGACGUUGGGAUUGAAUUCCUUGGCAUCACAAGUCAGCGCUCUUGGGGGCAAAUACGGGUACAGAUCACAUGGCUUGUCACCUCAAAGCAUCGACUCCAAGGGGCGGCCCAAAAAGGGAGCCUACUUUUGGUUCUCCAUUCCCAUCAAGGAGGCAGACGCAUCCAUGAUGAUGCAACCACCCGCGCCAGCAGUGGUCUCACCCAUCACGGAUGCCAACAAGUGCACCACCACGACCCACGUCGAGCAAGAGGUUCUCUCCUCCACGAUUCAUCCCAUUGAAAUGAAACAAGCCAGGUCAGCGGCGACAGUGACUGGGUCUUCAUCGUCAUCAUCCGAGACUCCAAAGAACUCCGCUGCUGCUGCCCAUAAAAUGGACAUUGCAAUGACAACUGAAGACUCCUCCUCCAAGCCAACGAGGUAUAGAAGAGCUCUUGUCAUCGAGGACUCGACGGUCGUUCGGAAGAGCAUUGCACGUGCUCUGUCCAAAAAGGGAUACGAAGUCUUUCAAGCGGUUGAUGGAGUCGAAGGACUGGCAGAGUUGCAGGACAAGAUCUUUGACGUGACAUUUUGCGAUUUCAUGAUGCCGAAUUUGAGUGGACCUCAAUGCGUCCAACAUUAUCGUCAGUGGGAACAAAAGCACCGGCCGCAGUUCUCCCAGUACAUUAUUGGAAUGUCCGCCUACGCCAACGAGGCAGAUAUCAGUAUGGGGCUCGCGGCAGGUAUGAAUGAAUAUCGAGCCAAGCCCAUGACAACCAAAGUGAUUGGAGAAUUGUGCACUGGGCAGGCAGUGCAAAAGUUAAGUGCUAUACUGGACAAGAUCCCAAUGCGACGAAAUCAAUUCGUCUUUCCUGAUUCCGACAAGAAUUGGGGAAGGUCACCUCCGGACGAGGCGAUGGACAAGCUUAUGAGUAAUACGCCCACUCCGCGGCGAACUACUAAUACUCGUGGCAGAGACGACAUGGAGGUGGAAGUGAAGUCGGGCGGGCAAGGUGACAUGCGUUCGUCGAAGCGCCUGAAACUGACCGAACUCGUGUCCAGGGCGAACGUUAUUCCCGAAAAGGUGUGCCUUUUGGGAACCAAGCAGAGCAUGACGAAAGCCGACGCAUUUGCAAGGAACAUGGACGCUCUAGGGUGGAAGAUUGUCACAGUGAAUGAACGGAACGAAGUACUGCAGCUCCUGAAAGCGAACCGGUGGGGCGCGGUGCUACUGUUUGACGACCUCCAAUUGUCGGAAGGUGGGUUUGUUGCAAAGUUUCGCGAGUGGGAGAAGGCCAGCCGGACCGAUCGACAAGACAACGUUUUUCUUGUGAGGGGUUGUGGAACCUAUUCAGGUGGCAGUAGCACCGGCGACAUCCCGAGUGGUUUCGACGGCGAGCUUGACAGGAGCUUGCUCUGGGAGCAAAUAAAGCAUGCUUUGGCACUGGCUCAAGGAAACAUGAAGCCUCCUACAAUAGUCCACGACACCAACUGGAACGUGGUUAGAAGUUAGAGAGUCAAACGAUGUGGGCAGAAGCUCAAGCAACAUUUUUAUCGGGGUGCUCAUCUUUUGCAACUCUACGCUUACGUAAAAGUUAGAAAUACAUAAUAUUUUAAAAUCGCAUCGCGACU